UAAAGAAAUCUAGCGUCAGAAUGCAACAGCUUUCGACACAACUCAGAGCAAAGCUAUCAGAAAUUGAAAUAGACAACAUUUAAGACCAAAACCAACAACUACUUAUUCAAAAUGAAAAUCGUAUUUUUAGCUGGAUUCAUCUGCGCUUUGUGCCUCAUGAGCAUCGCCGAGGCCGCACCUGCCGAAGGAGAUAUAGUGGAGGCACCAGAAGCCGUUAAUCCUUCCAGUGAAGAAUUGCAGCAAGAAGCAGUUAAUGCUUCCAGUGGAGAAGUAGCAGCUGAAAAUCCCGAUAAUACAGAUCGUGAGAACAUUUUGACUUGUAGCAUUUCGUCGUGGCUCUGCAUGGCCCAUUGCCUGGCCGACGGAAGAGGGCGCGGUUCCUGCACCAAUCGUGGAGUCUGUGUUUGUCAAUACUAAUGCAGAGAAAUAUAUUGUUGAUUUAUUGCGGACAUUUACCUAUUCAUGUUAACUGAUUUUAAUUAAUAAUUAUAAAAUAUGUAUAUAAUUGAGAAAUUAUAAUUUGUAAUCCAAAAAUAAAGUUUUAAAUUGAUUUACGAGCAUAUUAA